GCCUGUGUGAAAAUAGCUUUUAGAAUUUAGUCAGUUUCAUAUUGUGAUCUAUUGUCUUUCUCCGCAGAAGAGAAGAGCGGUUUUUCAGCUGAUCAUGGAGAACGUGAACAAUGCAGUGCUGCCAGAUGACCUCAAUGACCUCCUGAGGGAGUUCGACGAGGUGAUUGAAGACUUUGACAAAGGUGAAGUUUGUCAGUAUGAGCAGCACCUGGAGGAGCUGAAGAGAAGGACUCUCCCCAGUGUCUAUGACAGCGGCAUCGAUGAGCUAGAAAGUACCAGCACGUCUCCGGGGAGCAGUUUAAACUCCAGUGAGGAAGAUCUCAACACGUCGGCCAGCAUUGCUAACUCCAAAGCUAAGCUCGGGGACACACAGGAGCUGGAGGAGUUCAUUGCGGAUCUGGAUAAAGUGCUAGAGGGAGCUCCGGCUGUCCUGUGGCGGCUGCAUCCUUCUCUUCUCUAACGUUGGGAAUUGUACCUUGACAGAGAGCAUGGAAACCUGGCAGAGAUGUGAGAUGCUGUCUCUGGCCUGGAGUUCUGAGAAGAGGUUAUGGCAGAUCUGAGAUGUUUCUCACUGUUCCACCCCAUCCUUUCAUGUUCUACUCUGGAAGAGCAGGGUCUCAAAUUCAUACCCCAUGGGGCAAGGAUAAUACAGGCACACUUCCCAUCUGCAGAGCAACUGUCCAGCAACGACGACAGACCUGAAGUGCAAAUCCAUCACGCCUCAGAAUCCUGGCUGGUUUCCUUCUGCCUCAUUUGAUUGUCCCUCUUCAGACAAUCAGCAUAAAUAGCAAAUACUGAUUCAUCUCAGGGUGGGGCACCUGCGGGUUGGGAUUUUAUUUUUAGGUACUGGCCUUGGUGUGUUUCCUUCUGCAUUUGGUGGGCUACUAACCACAAAAACUUUCCACUUUCAAGGCAAAAUUUCUCCAGCUGUUACCCACAGCACUCCUUCCUCCUCUUCCCAAUGUAUUGUCUCCCUGUCUCUGAGGGGAAGGGGUUGGGUGGAGCGUUCUGAGGAGAUAUCUUUACUCUAAGCAGAAUUCCAGGUGCUGGAAUUGUAAGCCACGGUAAGCUACCCCUGGAGUCCAGAGUCCCAUCUGUGAUGAGAAGGAAAGCAGGGUGAAGCCUUUUAUUUCCCAGCUCCAUCAGGGUCCUCUCUGAGAAAUUGUACAGUAUUUCCUGGGCCUGUGGACAAGGUUUUUUUCUCUGAAUGAACCUCCUGAAAUACUUUAACACUGCAGGGCUCUCUUUGGCAUCAGUGGUAGCUCUACUGGCAAAUACCACCUGCAGCAAUUGGGGGGGGGGGGGGAGGGCGGUAUCUCCAUUUUAAAGUUGGCUAAGUGUCUGCUCAUGCUCUAAGCACCUUCCCUAAAGGUUUAUGAUGGGCUAGGCUAGCAAUUGAUUGUCAUUUAUUGUAGUCUAAGAGUAGAGGGAGACCCAUACUAACCCUCUGGAUCUCCACUAGAAGGUAUAAUGGGACUGUGCAAACCACCAGAGCUGAACAUCCCUCAACUUUGGAUUUGGGUCACAGCUCUACAGUUGACCACACUUAAUUUUGUGUUGAUCUAUAUUGACCAAAGGAGGCUGUUGAAGCCUAAUAAAUAACCUUUAAUAAUGAUGCCAAGCCAGAUCUUCAGCUGCCAUAAAUUGACAUCUCUCCAUUGACUUCCAUGAAGCAAUGUCAAAGUACCUCCAGGUGAGGAUCUGUGCAAUGAGGUCUCUCUUCAGGUUCAAGAAGAUAGUUAUUGCCUAAAUCAGAGGUUUUUCAACCAGUAGUCCAUGAACCCUUGGGGGUCCAUGAACUAUGAUUUCCAAAAGGGUUCACACCUCCAUUUGAAAUUUUUUAGGGGUCUGCAAAUGAAAAGAAGGUUGAAAACUACUGGCCUAAAUAAGCAGACAAUGGUUCUUACUUUCUCAUAAAUUCCCAGCUGUUUACUGGAUGUCUUCAGACCCUAAGUGCCUCUGCCAUGAAUGCUUGUAUUCUGUUGUACAUAUUGUAAAAUAAGGAUGAUUCUUAAAAUUUUUAUACAGACGUGCAUGUAUUUUAUGAAUAAAAGGAUUUUGUGGA